CAUGUUUGAGGACAUUUAUUUCCAUUGUUAGAGCGGUCACUCGACUAUCUUGUCAAUAUAAUAGAACAUCGUUGACACCACGACAUACAAGACGAAACCGAGCAGCACACAGCGAAAUCUGAAGGAUUGCAAACUAGCUAUAGCUGUCAUCAUGAACACCGAAUCUGUUGUCAUCGUUUCUGCUGCAAGGACCCCUAUUGGUAAAUACAUCUAUUGAAUCUGUCUGAUUCCACACUAGUUGUAUUGGCAAUCAUUUGCAACACAGCUAGCUACGGCUGUAUGUUUAUUUGUUGCAUUUCCUUAUCACACGAGAUUUGAAUUGUAACGCUGUUUUACCGAUCUUGCAAAUUGUCCAGUCCUGGUUUUGUGUGUAGUGUAAUGAAAUUGUCUUAUUUGUUAAACAUGUUUAAAUGUAACUGAACCACGGGAAAAUUUGCAAUGGGAUUCGCUUUUUCGGAACCUUGAUUGGUCGCCUCACCUUCUGCCCAGAUCCUCGAGACAGCGAUUGGCUGUUGGUCAUAGUACCAUGGACCAGCGGCUAUUUACGAUAGGCUGGAGAUGAAACCAUGAAUGGGGUUGGGCGUGUUUUAGUUGGAUGGUGUCUUUGUAAGAAAUGUUGGAAUAUUGCAACCUAAUUGACACCUUUGUUAAUAACAUGUAUUCUCUUGUUGUUUGAGACUCUGAUGUAAUGCAAUGGGAGAGUGCUGUCACACCAUGGAAGCAAUCAUAUUAAUGGCCAAGUGCAUUUCUCAAAACCCAGCUAGGCCUUUUUGAACCCAUGAUAUCAUACAAUCAAUGCCCUGCUCUUUUUGUGGGUACUGUAUAUAGUCUCAAUUAUAUUCGCUCGUUUCACAGGCUCUUUCAAUGGUGCUUUAUCCAGUGUGCCCCUCCAAGACCUGUGCUCGGUGGUGAUCAAGGAUGUUCUGAAGAGAGUCAACCUGAAGCCUGAGGAGGUGUCUGAAGUCAUCAUGGGGCACGUGCUGACUGCGGGUAAAGGCUUAGACCGGAACAGACUACUGUCCUUUUAUCAGAGCUGACUUACUACUUAAUUAGUGUGAAAGGGUUUUCAUUACUAUAGUGCUGUGUCAUGUGAACUAGUGUACUUAGUUGCUUUAACCCGCCUCAUCCUAUCUUACCUCUCUCUCUUUUCUCCCUUCCCUCUCUCUCUCUUCUCCUCUCCCCUGCUCUCUCCUUCCCAGGUCAUGGGCAGAACCCAGCCCGACAGGCCAGUGUUGCUGCGGGCAUCCCCUACCCGGUGCCUGCCUGGAGCUGCCAGAUGGUGUGUGGAUCUGGGCUGAAGGCUGUGUGUCUGGGGUUUCAGUCCAUCCAGACUGGAGAGUCAACCGUGGUGGUAGCAGGAGGCAUGGAGAGCAUGAGCCGGGUAAAACUGAGAUAAAUGGGGGGAGAGAGAUGGUGGAGUGCGAGAGAGAAAGAUGGGGUGAAAUGUAUACCAUUCUACCAGAGGAGAAGCCACGGCAGGGCCUGGCCCACCCAAUCAAAAAUAAAUAAACUUCAUUUGUUGGUUGUAUUGUCUCCUGACUAAUCGGAAAUGUUGAAAAUGCAGUAGGAGUUUCCUGGGAUGUAAUUGGUUUAUCGCAAUCACAUCCUUAAAUCACAAGCGCAUAGCCUACAGUUGGGAAGCCUGCCAUUUGGGCAGCGUGAGUGCGGCAAGUAUCAAAUAGCUGAUUUUCGAGUUGUGGCUGUUAGUGAGAAGCAUUUAAAAUAGGUCUAGGACUAUCGCAAUAUUUCAAAAUUCAAUUGUGAGAAAAACACAAAUGUCACAUAUAUUCCGAAUUAUCCUUUCAAAUGAUUUAAGUGUGAAGUGUAGGGUAGUUAUUUCCCAUUAGUAGCCUACACCAGGAUAAUUAAUCUCUUGACUCUAGUGGAGAGCAUUGGCCAUAUCCCCUGCGAGUGUGAAUAUUCACUGUCUUUAUCAUUGGGUGAGUCAGCGCCACGGGAAAGUUUAGGACAAUAAUUUCCUCCUCCAGUCCGAAAGUGUGCAAAGAAAGGAAAAUAAAUGCUUUUUUGAGAACAGUAACCAGGUUUCCAUCCAACCAUUUCAUGCGGAUGGAUGAAUGACCUAAUGAAUGAAAAAAGUCACGACCGGGCUGAUGGAAACAGGAUAUGCCGGUACAAUUUUAUAAAUGCAGACAGAAAAUUGUCACGCGAUGAUAUACUGAACAAAAAUAUAAACACAACAAUUUCAAAGAUUUUGCUGAGUUACAGUUCAUAUAAGGAAAUCAGUCAAUUGAAAUAAAUAAAUUAGGCCCUAAUCUAUGGAUUUCACUUGACUGGGCAGGGGCCCAGCCAAUCAGAAUGAGUUUUUCUCUACAAAAAGGCAGAAAUAUUCCUCAGCAUGCAGUUUAUUAGGGUACGGCAGGUAGCUUAGUGGUUAAGAGCGUUGUGCCAGUAACCGAAAGGUCGCUGGUUCUAAUCCCCGAGCCGACUAGGUGAAAAAUCUGUCAAUGUGCCCUUGAGCAAGGCACUUAAUCCUAAUUGCUCCUGUAAAUCGCUCUGGAUAAGAGCGUCUGCUAAAUGACUAAAAUGUAAUAAAUUCUGAACUUCACAGGGUGGUGAAACAUUCAUGGCCAUUUUGCUAGCUAGCUUGCUGUUGCUAGCUAAUUUGUCCUGGGAUAUAAACAUUGGGUUAUUUACCUGAAAUGCACAAGUUCAGCUUUCAAUCACCCACGUGGAUAUAUGCUCUUAAAAACCAAUGAGGAGAUGGGAGAGGUGGGACUUGCAGCGGGUCAUGCAUCAAAAAUAGAACCAAGUUCUAUUUUAGCGCCUGGCUACGCAGACGCUCGCGAGCAGUUUGGAUGAAAUGAUUGAAUGUAUGUGUACAUUUAUUUUGCAACGCUCAUAGGCGGUGGUCAGCAUGACAUUCUGGUGACGUGAUGAUCGAUGCUUGGCUGCCGUUUGACAUAAAAAUAAUAUCGCGCUUAUCCAUAAUAAUCUCAAUGUAGGUAGCCUACCCACACUGUAUCUGCGAGUUGUUGGCUAGAUCGAAAUUGCCAAGACCAAAUUUUUUGUGACAAAACCAUCAGUAGAGUUAAAUGCGAGCACAGACUUUUAUCCGCAAUAAGUCAGAAACAUCUCUGGUGGAAAGAUUUUUGAAUAUUCGCAUGAAAAUCUGUUGCAAAUUGGAUAGAAACCUAGCUAGUGAGUGAUUUAUAUUAUUAGCCUAAUUUAUGACUAUCCAAUCUAGCGGUUGUGUAGUUACGCUGCAUACUUGGCAAUUCUAAUGGGCUUGUUUGCCAAGGGAAAUGUGUGGUGUUUCUUGGUAACGUUUAACUUGUGUUGUCUUAAAUGAUGCAAUGCGAUUGCACUAAUUUUCACUUAAAUGUGUCAUGGUAUUUUUCCAGGAAAAUGUAGGCCCAGUCACUUUUACUUAGGCCCAGCCACAAGGCAAUUUCUGCCAAAUGCCCCUAUUAAUCUGCAAUAACUGUUUAUCCUUUGACCCCCCAGGCUCCCCACACAGUGCAGAUGCGGGCCGGAGUAAAGAUGGGCGAUGCCACCAUGCAGGAUUCUAUCAUCUCUGACGGACUGUCCGAUGCCUUCCAGUGCUACCACAUGGGCAUCACAGGUCAGGCGACCAGAGUCACAUUGUUAUUGAAUUCAAUGCAACUGAUAUUUUUCAGUACAACAAGGAGGAACAUUGGAGUGUCGCAAACCAGUAGGCUAAUGUUGUCUUUCUGUACGUAGCUGAGAAUGUGGCUAAGCAGUGGGGCGUGAGUCGCGAGGCUCAGGACCAGUUUGCUGCCCAAUCCCAGAACAGGACCGAGGCUGCCCAGAAAGCAGGACAUUUUGAUCAGGAGAUCGUUCCGGUCAUGGUGCCGUCCAGAAAAGGCAAGGAUUCUGUUGUGCUGGUUUGUGAACCCCCUGAGACCUCCCACCUCUCCCAUCUCCUCAUUGGUUUUUAAGAGCAUAUAUCCACGUGGUUGAUUGAAAGCUGAACUUGUGCAUUUCAGGUAAAAUAACAACCCAAUGUUUAUAUCCCAGGACAAAUUAGCUAGCAACAGCAAGCUAGCUAGCGAAAUGUCCAUGAAUGUUUCACCACCCUGUGAAGUUCAGAAUUUAUUACAUUUUAGUCAUUUAGCAGACGCUCUUAUCCAGAGCGACUUACAGGAGCAAGUGCCUUGCUCAAGUCGCUUUGGAUAAAAGCGUCUGCUAAAUGGCAUAUUAUUAUUAUUAUUACCUCAAGUGUGCUCAAAUCAUUGUUUCUUAUAUGUCUAACCACCAUUCCUUAAAAUGAGUUAGACCAGUGUUUCCCAACUCCAGUCCUUGAGUAUCCCCAACAGCACCCAUUUUGUUGUAGCCCCGGACAAGCAUACCUGAUUUAAUUUGUAAACUAAUCAUCAAGCCCUCAAUGAGUUGAAUCAGGUGAGUUUGUCCUGGACUACAACAGAAAUGUGUGCUGUUGGGGGUACUCAAGGACUGGAGUUGGGACACACUGAGGGCUCUUCAAUCAGAUCCGCUUUAGCCGACAUACGCAUAGCGGUGGUUUUGGCGGUGUCGGAGGUGGAACUGCGUUAGAGCUGUCAAUUCCACAAGCGGCUCCUGGCAUUACACCUAAAGCGGACAUUGCCAUUGGCUGCAAUGAGUCGCUUUAAGAGAAAUCCCAUGCAGCCUUGUUUGAACACUGGAAUGUGAGAUGUUAUCUACACCUCGAUUAGGGUGAUAGAAAUCCUAAUUAUUUUGUUGAAUGAUUUUCAAUUUGAGCAUCAUUAUUUUUAUAUAGCACUUUCUCGUUCUGAACUUCUAAUGCGACAGGUGUGGCUUCGUGACAAUGAUCAAGAGCAGCUGCUCACCGAUUUGACAGCUCCAGCAGUUACACUUCCGGCACCGCCAAAACAUCCGCUUUGUGGGUGUCGGCUAUCGCCGGUUAACACUUGAUCUGAUUGAAUCUAGGCACAAGUUAGACAACCAACAUCUAUAUUUCUCUGCUUAAUUACAUGAUUGUAGAUUGGUUAAGUGUAAUGUAACAUUCCUAUCUCUCCUCAGGCCCAGUGGAGGUGAAAGCAGAUGAGUUUCCUCGCCAUGGCAGCAACAUGGACGCCAUGUCCAAACUGAGGCCCUGCUUCUUGAAGGACGGCAGCGGCACCGUCACCCCCGGCAACGCCUCAGGUACGAAGGGGGCACUCAUCCUUGACGCACGGUGAUGAUGUCAGUGAGAUCCCUCAACUCAAAUGUCCUUUGGCAGCUUUCCAGUUGACCACUCCAGUUACAUUACUCUUCACCGUUUCUCCUUGCAUAGUGAUCUAGAUUGUAAUGACCUUAAAAUGUUUCAGGGAUAUACAACAGGGUUUCAUCCCGUUAAACUCACGUUGUGUUCUAUUCAUUUCUAUGCAUUCCCUCAGGUAUAAAUGAUGGCGCCGCAGCAACUGUUCUCAUGAGCCAAUCAGAAGCUCAGAAUAGAGGCCUCAAGCCAAUGGCCAAAAUCACCUCCUGGGCACAAGCCGGCCUCGACCCAGCAAUCAUGGGAACUGGGCCUAUCCCAGCCAUCAGGAAAGCGGUGAGAACCAAUCAGAAACCAGCUAGGAAUGUUCAGACGUGCACAACUAUAGCAUUGCUGUAGGGCAGGCAACCCUGGUCCUGGAGUGCCGCAGGCACUUUCUUUAUUUAACCGACCAGGAAGACCACGUAUGUUGAAUUUAGGCAAUCACUGAACUGAUCAAUUAACUAAGUAUCUCAGUGUGGUGCCUAGUAGGGUAUAAUCCUGCUCAUUCUAAAGGUAGUUUUCAUUGAUUCUUUACCAGGUUGAGAAGGCUGGUUGGCAGCUGGAUCAGGUGGACCUGUUUGAGAUAAACGAAGCGUUCGCUGCCCAGUCCAUCGCUGUGGUGAAAGAGCUUGGACUCAACCCAGAUAAGGUAACUACUCUAAUUUAAUGUACCAUUAAUUCCACACUAUUGCUUAGGGCAAACAGUUACCCCAUAUCUUUGCUCUCUAUCCCUGCGCAGGUGAAUGUGAGUGGGGGUGCCAUCUCCCUGGGACACCCCAUAGGCAUGUCUGGCUGCCGGGUUCUGGUAACCCUUCUGCAUGCGCUUCAGAGGACUGGGGGUCAGAGAGGCGUGGCUUCUCUCUGCAUCGGGGGAGGGAUGGGUAUUGCCAUGUGUGUAGAGAGGGUGUGAAAACAAUACAUAUACACUGAUUCUGCAUUCAAGAUCACAACAUUGGCAAUCUUAUUGGGCCUAAAGGGAAAGUUCGAAAUGCUUUAUUACAUGGUUUCAGACGUUUUCUGUGGAGUGGUGUGAAUGGCGGUUAUAUUAGUACAGACUAUUGAUCAUUAAUUUCUCUCCGUCACUGCACUGAAAAUGAAGCAAUAUUGAUGUACUGUUGUGAUUCCUGAAUGCAAUCUAGGGGCUCUAUUCAAUCCGUUUCUUGGAAGUUCAGCGUUACUUAAAUUUAAAGGCAAUGUUCCUG